ACGUGGAACGUGGGGUUGAGAUCUGGAUGUGAAGUUGGAGUGUGGCUGUGGACGUGGAACGUGGAACGUGGGGUUGAGAUCUGGAUGUGAAGUUGUGCUGUGGCUGUGGACGGGGAGACAAUAUCAAUUGAAUUAAAGUUCGUCUAGCCCAAAAUGUCGUCAAGAACAGAAGCCCGCAAAGCAAGACAACUGAGUAUUGUACAGAAUCUAAUGACAUAUUUCUCUGAAGAAAAAGAGAACCUUGAAAAUUACUUGAACAAAUUUGCACAAAAGAUCAUAAGUGAAGCUAAUCAAUGGAUAGAAAAUUCUAUCGGAAGUGAAAUAACAUUCAAUCACAUUAUGAGUCUAUUGCAAGAAGGAACUGAGUAUUUUGCUUCCGCGCUGGACAAAAUUUCAGAAAACAGCGCGAUUACCUCGACACAAGAAAAAGUAAAAAGGGGGCCUAAAGAUCCAGAUAACAACAGAAGUGAAUCUGAACUGAUGUCAGACAUUGUAAACAGGCUGGAAGAAAUAGAAAAGAUUAUCGCUAAAGGAGAAGUCGCCAAUGCGAAACAGCCGGGUCUAGACAACUUUGUGGCAAGCCAAGAGGACAUGCUGAUAAAAGCUGAAAAAUUGUCUGAGGAACAAAAUCAGAUUUUUAAAAGUCUCCGUCAGCAAAUACUAGACCAAGACAACAAACUUUGCCUGUUGAAUACAGAAAUGGGUAGCUGGAAAGAAAAAGAAUCCAACUUUCAUAAAACAAUACAAACAUUUCUUCAAGACAAGAAAGCAAAUGAAAAAACUGUACAGAAAACUCAAAUGGAUAUCCAGCUUCUAAUGGAUAAAUCAGACAAUGUAACGCAUGAAAUUAAACAACUUUCUAACUUAAUCUGUGAUAUUGAAGAUAAAGUGAAAAAAAGUUGUGUAUUAACUAGAAACACAUUGCAAGGUUCACUAGAAAAGAUAGGGAAUCUUAAAAAUGCUGCGAAUUCCGACAUAAAGACGAUUAGCGGUCUGAUUCUGGAGCCUUGCCUGUUGUUGGGUUUCGUUGCUUAUCAAGAUCGGACAAUGUGUUACGCAACAAACCAAUACAAAUGUGAGUACAACGUAGGUAAUCUCUUUGAUGUGGACAAGGGCACAUUUCAAGCUCCGAAAGAUGGUCUGUAUAUAGUAAGUUUUACAGUACAACAAAUCUCACAUGACCCGACUACAGCUAGUCUCCAGCACAUGUCUUUAGAAGUGACCAGGUCUGUUUUAUGCCGUCAGUACACAAGCAAUGGCUGAAACAUCAACAUCAUCAGGCACAGUUUGGAUGAAAUCUGGAGAUAUUUUAACUCCAGAAGGCCCGACUAAUCCACACCGCAGGGAACGUGAGAUGAUGAAUGUAAAGUCUGGGAGCAGAAUGUCGGGGAGGAGUGCUUACAAGAUGCCCAUGUCUAAUUAUUAUACAGUGUUAAACUUUUCCUGUUUUCUCCGUGGAUUAGAGUAGCGUUAGGAGUAAAACGCUCUUUUACUAGAAAUCUGUAAGCAAAUGUAUAUUAAGGAUGAUUUUAUCUGGAAUUUUUUUUUAAUAAAAAGAUAACCAUGUAAUAUAUCAAUUAUUAUAGUACUGUAGCGCACCAAUUAUUUAACUUUUUUAUUACAGUAGUGCAUCAAUUAUUUAACUUUUAUAUUAUAGUAGU